GGCUUCGCUCCCUGUGGAACGGCGGCCGGAAGAACAACAACAAGAAGGCCGACGACGACGGCCCCAGGGAUGACGAGGCGGUGCUCGCGCCGGCGGUGAUGGGCGGGCCGCCCAAGGAGCCCGGGUGCUACGUCCAGCUUCCCUCGAGGUGCCCGAAGCACGCCUCCGCCAAGCCGAGGUCGUGGAGGCACGACGCGUGGGCCGAGGAGGGCCCCGCCCUGGGCGCUGGCGUGCGAGAAGCGGAAGGCGGCGUGGGACAAUUGGUGCGGCGCCUCCGACGCGAAGAUGCGCUUCGUGCCCGAGGGGCCCGCCGACGGCCCCGCGGAGUCCUCGCUCGCGCCGUACGACUCCGCCCCCGCAGAGCCUCCGCGGACAUACGGGCCGCCGCGGACGUACGAGGCCGACGAGCACGGGGAGGAGCAGGGCAUGGCGCCGUUGUCGAGGGACGAGUUCUUCGAGACAACGCCCCAGCCGCAGGGGUUCGUGCCCAUCCAGGAGGCGAUCGACCCGGAGGAGAUGGCCCGUCGAGCGUCCACAAGUACCCCACCACGCCAGGCUGCUACGUCCGCAUGCCGUCGGGCUGCCCCAACCACCCGUCCCAGAAGACGCACUGGAAGCACGACGUGUACGCCGAGGAGCGGCAUCGUGCCCGCGAGAGGUACGGCAAGUGCAAAGACCGCAGG